AUGUCGCAACCUAACCAGCAUAUUGACAGAAAAGACCUGGAAUCAUCAGGCGCGUCUCGGAAGUUUGUUCUGGCAAAAGAUCUACAGAUAUUAGCGGAAUCUGCCAUUCUCAGUCAGUCCCUUUCAUUGAACUCGGUCAUUUCGACCUCGUCUUCCUUCGCUCUCCUGAUUCAAGCCGCUUGUUCUUGCCCCGAGUUACGAAAAAUUAACGAAAUUGGAGUUGGGCUACAAGGGGCGGUCUUUGAGCAAGUUGGGAUGCAUCUCGUGUUCAAAAAGGAAAAGCCUGGAAACGAGACUCUGUCCUCGAAUUUACGACAUGAAUAUCAUAUGCAUUGUGCUGUUUCAGAUGCAUUCCGGUACUAUAGUAGCAUUACCUCCUGCCAGGUCCGAGUUCCCCGAGCUUUUGAGUUCAUUUCAAAAAGCGAUAAGAAUCAUUUUUGGUCCGAUAUCUCCCCUAGGAUUCCGUCAAUCUACCGAGAAUAUGGAGAUGUUGUGACGAUGGAACGAAUUCUCCCUCUCCCCAAGGUCGUGCGAAUGGGUUUGCUAGACCACUUUUAUGGCUCUCAGAAGCAGUUCGACUCCGCUGACUUCGAACGCGCUCUCAUGCAUACCGAGAAUAAGCAUUGUCUUGCACGAGUGUAUCUGGGCAAGGCUACCGGUAUCAUUCCUCGAGAACCAAUAUCGCUGAGGAAUUUCACUCUCUACCUGCAGUCCAUGAAUGACUUUACCAUGGACGUGGAGACCCUGGCGACGGAAAUGGGCAAAGCAUACGCUAUCAUGCACUGGGCUGCCUGUGUCAACAGUGACGAUGUGGAGUUCGUCCUCGGAACUUCCACUACCCAAAGACAGGGAUCAGAGGCUGAACCACUUGGUUUCCAGCACCGAGAGGUGGGACUCUAUUUGCUCGAUUUCGGGCAGUGCGAGAAAGUGGAUAUUUCGCGAGAGCCUGACGUGGUAUAUCAAGCUUUCAAGGGCGCUAUGGUGACUGGUGACAAUCGCCUCUUUAUCCCCAAUUGUCUAUCAAACCCGAAGUUGUUCUCAGCAUUCAAAAGUGGUUACUCGGAGGCGGGCAGGAUAAUCUUGGCGGCACGGAAGUUGAACGACAGAUUCAGCGUUGAGGAUUUCAUGCACGAGUAUGAGGAGUAUGUCGAAGAUUUUCUGUGA